AAAACACACCUUCAUAUUCUUGUUUCUUUUCAUUUGUGAAUUUUGUGACUGUGUGUGUGUGUGUGAAGUGAUAAUCGAAACAAAGCCUAAUUUUCAGGAAAGCAUAUAAAAUUAGAAUUAUUGCGAAAUAAAGAAAUUGUGAUAGACGACAAAUCGUUAUACAGUUAUUUUAUUGUGUUGUGCUCGUGCUAGAUCUGAGUGAAAUGUGGUCGAUGACAGUGUAAAACGGGUGCUACAAUUGACAUACUACCAGCGAAGUGCCGUUCCACAUAAAAUAUAACAAAUUAUGUUAUUGUAAAUAACAUCAUAUUGUAAAUUAAAUCACUACAUGUAUACACUGUGAUCUUGACAAGUGAUAGGCUAUUUUUUUAUACUAAACCAACUUGGAUGAGUUGUGUGAGGUGUUAGUGCAAUCUUUUUAUUUAUGCGACAUUGCUAGUUAGAAUGAGCUCUAUUAGCGUCAGGCCUCCGCCCCCGUUGAAGCAAAUCGAUCUGGAUCAGAUAUGGGGCGACCUCCGGGAAGGUAUCGAGCAGGUGUACAAGAGACAGCACAUGGUGAAACAGAGAUAUAUGGACUUGUAUACUCACGUAUACAACUACUGCACGUCGGUGCACCACCAGCCCGCGGCCGGCAGCAGGGUUAGCUCCAACAACAAUGGCAGCAGGAACAACUACGGGGGGAAAAAACAGAGCGGGCAGGUACAAGGCGGAGCUCAGUUGGUUGGCCUCGAGCUGUACAAGAGACUGCGCGAGUUCUUACGGAUUUAUCUCAUCAAUCUGCUCAAGAACGGCGCAGACCUGAUGGGGGAGGAUGUCCUGGCGUUCUACACGAAGCAAUGGGAGGAGUACCAGUUCUCAUCACGCGUGCUCAAUGGAGUGUGCUCCUAUCUCAACCGGCAUUGGGUCAAGCGCGAGUGUGAGGAGGGCCGCAAGGGCAUCUACGAGAUCUACCAACUGGCGCUGGUGACGUGGCGAGACAACCUGUUCAAAUGCCUCAACAAGCAGGUCACCAACGCGGUGCUCAAGCUGAUCGAGCGGGAACGCAACGGGGAGACAAUCAAUACGCGACUCGUUUCUGGAGUAAUCAACUGCUACGUAGCUCUAGGCCUGAACGAGGAAGACCCGUCAGCGCGCGGUCAGAACCUCGCCGUCUACAAGGACACCUUCGAGGCUGUCUUCUUAGAGGACACGGAGCGGUUCUACACGCGCGAAAGCACUGACUUUUUGAGGAAUAACCCCGUCACUGAGUACAUGAUCAAGGCAGAACAGCGCCUGCAGGAAGAGAAGCGUCGCGUCCAGGUGUACCUACACGAGACGACGAUGGAGCGGCUCGCCAAGACCUGUGACCGUGUGUUAAUCGAGAAGCACCUCGAGAUCUUCCACGCUGAGUUCCAGAAACUGUUAGACGGCGAUAAGAACGCGGACCUCGGUCGUAUGUACGCGCUGGUGGCGCGCAUACCCGACGGGCUGGUGGAGCUGAGGCUGCUGCUGGAGCAACACAUCCACGCCCAGGGCUUGCAGGCCAUCGACAAGUGCGGCGACGCCGCUCACACUGACCCGAAGGUGUACGUGUCCACCAUCCUGGAGGUGCACAAGAAAUACAACGCGUUGGUGUUGGUAGCCUUCAACAACGACUCUGGCUUCGUGGCCGCCCUCGACAAGGCGUGCGGCAGAUUUAUCAACAGCAACGCGGUGACGAAAGCGGCGAAUUCGUCUUCGAAGAGCCCCGAACUGCUGGCGAAGUACUGCGACAUCCUACUCAAGAAGUCCAGCAAGAACCCUGAGGAGGCAGAGCUCGAAGACACGCUCAACCAAGUGAUGGUUGUGUUCAAAUACAUAGAAGACAAGGACGUGUUCCAGAAGUUCUAUUCUAAGAUGCUCGCCAAGCGGCUCGUCCAACAUAUGUCCGCCAGCGACGACGCAGAGGCUUCAAUGAUCUCAAAACUGAAACAGGCUUGCGGGUUCGAAUACACAAGCAAACUACAGAGAAUGUUCCAGGACAUAGGCGUCUCAAAGGACCUGAACGAGAACUUCCGCAAGCACAUGUCCAACAGCUGUGAGCAGCCGCUGCACAUCGACUUCAGCAUCCAGGUGCUCUCGUCCGGCUCCUGGCCCUUCCAGCAGUCCUCGUCCUUCCAGCUGCCCACCGAGUUGGAGCGUUCAGUACACCGGUUCACGACGUUCUACUCGUCACAGCACUCCGGCCGCAAGCUCAACUGGCUCUACAACAUGAGCAAGGGAGAGCUCGUCACCAACUGCUUCAAGAACAGAUACACCCUGCAAGCGAGUACCUUCCAAAUGGCGGUACUACUUCAAUACAACGAGAACACAUCAUGGUCGGUGCGUCAGCUCGAACAACACACCGGCAUCAAGGGAGACUUCCUUAUACAGGUGCUGCAAAUCCUAUUGAAAGCGAAACUGCUAGUCUGUGCCGAGGAUGAGGCCGAGCUGACCGAGAACUCCGUCGUCGACCUCUAUGUGCAGUACAAGAACAAAAAGUUGCGCGUGAACAUCAACAUCCCCCUGAAGACGGAACUGAAGGUGGAACAGGAGGCCACGCACAAACACAUCGAGGAGGACCGCAAGAUGCUCAUACAGGCGGCGAUCGUGAGGAUAAUGAAGACCCGUAAGACGCUGAAGCACCAGCAUCUGGUAGUGGAGGUGCUCAACCAGCUGUCCUCGCGGUUCAAGCCGCGCGUACCUGUCAUCAAGAAAUGCAUCGAUAUACUGAUAGAGAAGGAGUAUUUGGAGCGCACGGAAGGCGAAAAGGACACCUACAGCUACCUGGCGUGAUUGCGACACUAUAUCAUACUACAAUAUAGCGAUAUUAUGUAAUA